AUGUCCUCUUCCCUGGAGGAACUCGUUAGCAACCUGUCACCUGAGGACUUCAGGAUAGUAGGUAAGUGCUGGCAAGGAGAGGACUUCAAGCUGGUUACUCAGAAGGAUAUCUUUCCUUAUGAGUUCAUGGAUAGUAUGGAUAAGCUACAGUCAGAGGGACUUCCAAGUAAAGACAAGUUCUACUCCACACUGUAUGAGUCUCACGUAAGCGAUGGAAAUUACCAGAGAGCACAGAGAGUAUGGAGUCACUUCAACAGGAAAACAAUGACAGACUAGCAUGACCUCUACCUGGAGACUGACGUUCUUCUACUAGCUGAUGUAUUUGAAAACUUUAGGAGAACCUGUAUGGAAAGCUACGAGCUAGACCCAGCACAUUACGUAUCAGCACCAGGUCUGAGUUGGGACGCCUUCUUGAAAAGGUCAGGUAAGGAAAUUGAAUUGGUAAGUGAUAUGGAUAUGUUCCAGUUCUUCGAGAGGUAUGAGAGGUGGUACAAGCUACAUUGCCCAUAGACACUCAGCUGCUAACAAUAAGUACAUGGAGGAGUACAACGAAGAUGAGGAGAGUAAGUUCCUUAUGUACCUAGAUGCUAACAACUUAUAUGGAUGGGCGAUGUCACAGCCACUACCUAGUGGUAAGUUCCAGUGGGUAGAGGACACUGAUAAUAUUAACCUUGAUGAUUACAUAAAUGAUGAGGGUAGGGGUAUGGUCCUAGAGGUAGACAUGGAUUACCCAAGUAAACUGCAUGACCUACACAAUGGAUAUCCACUAGCCCCAGAGAGUAUGAAAAUAAAACCUGAAAUGUUAUCGGACUAUGCGAGGAACAUUGCUGAGAAGUUCAAGCUUACAGUGGGUGAGGUACACAAGCUGGUAACAUCAUUAGGGCCGAGGAAGAACUACGUUGUACAUAUCCGCAACUUGAAGCUUUACACUGACCUCGGUAUGAAACUAACUAAAGUACACAGAGCUGUUACAUUCAAGCAGUCGUGUUGGCUUACGGAUUACAUUGCCUUCAAUACUAAAAUGAGGUCAACAGCUAAGAACACCUUUGAGAAGAAUUUCUUUAAGCUCAUGAAUAACUCAAUAUAUGGGAAGACCAUGGAGAACUUGAGAAAGCGAGUUGAUGUUAAACUUGUUACAUCAGAGGAUCCCUUCUUGAAGUUGGUUGCCUCACCGUGCUUCCAAUCACAUAGGAUAAUGAAUGAGAAUCUUAUUGCAGUCAAGGGUGCAAAGAAACUGCUAACCCUUAAUAAGCCCUGCUAUGUGGGUAUGUGUAUUCUCGACUUAUCUAAGACACUGAUGUAUGACUUCCACUACAACACCAUUAAGAAGGAGUACGGUGAUAAGGCAAGGCUCCUCUUCACAGAUACUGAUAGCUUGAUGUAUGAGAUUUAAAACCGAGGAUGUCUACAAAGACUUCAGGGACAUAGGUGAUAAGAAGGACUGCUGGGACAACUCAGAUUACCCUAAGGAUAGUCCCUACUACUCAGCCUAUAAUAAGAAGGUUAUUGGUAAGUUUAAGGAUGAAGCUGGUGGUGUACCAAUAACAGAGUUCGUUGGACUAAGAUGUACUCUUACACUAAAGAAAAUGGUAAGGGUAGGAUGACAGCUAAGGGUGUGAAGAAGUAUGUCAUCAAGAACAACCUCACCCAUGAUAACUUCAAGAAUGUCAUAGCAAAGAAAGAUAGGAUGAGACAUAAGAUGAAUACAAUACGAAGCACCAAACAUAUAAUAGGAACUUACGAAAUACAGAAGGUAACACUAAGUUGCUUCGACGAUGGCCAAGGAACUGCGGGUUCAAGAUUACUUUACCCCGACGCAGGAGGGGUGAAGUGGUCUCGAGCCCGUAGUUCCUAUACUACUCAUGUAGUUGUCACGGCAUUGUAAAUUUAUUUGCAUUUGGUAUGGCUUACUAGUACGACCAAGUAUGUCAGCAUUUUUUGUGUUGAAAUAAUCCUUCCAUACUGAAAUUGACAAAUAUAAAUGGUAUUUAUUUAUAUUGUUCACAAAAAUUUAUGGUGUUUUAGGCAUAAAAAACUCUGAUUCCUAGGCAAAGUAAAACGAGCCUUGAGCACAUGUUUGAAUUUGAUUGUUUGUUACAUACAUAAUAGACCAAGUAUUCAUACUUAUGUCUUACUAAUUUGGCUCUUAUUAUAAUUUCAAGUGACGCCAUGUAAAUUAUGUCUAUAAAAAAUGUUUUUAUUUGCAGUGACAAAGAUAUUGAUCCUGUUCCUAGCUGCUAUUCCUGUUUCAAUGUUUCAUAGCCUCAGGGAAGUAGCAGUUCUGAUGAGUCAUGAGAACCCCACUCCCCAACCCCCAUUAGGAAAACGUGUAAGUGUAGAGGGAAGGUAGGGGGAUGAGUAGGAGGUAGAGGGAAGCCCAAUCACUAGGACCUAAGGUUUUGAAAGCUUGCUGUCUAGCACCCCCACUAGGCCCCAUAGUACAUGACAGAUAUAGUGAUCCUGACGCUAGGAAUAUUCUUCCAGAUUUUGCCCCUCACCGAUCUCAUGUCUGAGAUCCAUUUCGAUCAAGCUUUCACCAGAAGUAUGAACUGUGAGCUUGAGUUCAUUCGGCUCUUUUUUACUAAGGGAAUGCUUCAGGAGGUAGUUUCCCGGCCAUACCAGUAGAUAUGCCCACAUACAAACAACCGAAAAUCAUCCCCAUAUACUAAUAAAGAAAGGUCUUGGAGUCCACCAACCUUGACGAGAUUGAGAGGUUGAUUCCCUUUUUUAGUAUAUGCAGGUUUGGUAAAGGUCGACAGUGAGAUUGAAAACUAUUGGAGUGUAAAAACCUUAUAUCAUAGUCUGUGGGCAAUAGAAAUAAUUUCUCGGUUUAGGUACAAAGCGCUUAUGGCAUUUCUGAAUAUGGUAGAUCCUGUCACUGAAGACUACAGCAAUAAACUGCAUCAACAACUGUACCAGCCAUCACAGAAAAUUGGUGUUGACGAACACACUGUCAAAUCAAGGAAUAGGUUGGGGAUUAGGCAGUUCAUGAAAGAUGGCCUACUAUGUGGGAGAUAAGUCUGUGGAUUGCUGCAGGCAGUCCUAAUGGUUAUAUUGCGACUUUGAGAUUUAUACAGGAAGAAGUCCACAGAUUCUUAGCAGCAUGGAUUUGGGUAUGACGUGGUGAUGUGAUAUAAGUUUGGCUAAUAUAUAUUUUGUGCAAAAAAAGGAAAUAUUUUCACCACAUAAUCCAAUUAUGUGCCUUGGCAAACAUUACUGCCUUGGAAAACAUUACUUUUUUAUAACUACUAAUGAUGACGCCAGCCCAACAACACUUGGUCAUGCUAUAUACAAAUAUUUUCAUGUUCCAGAUUGUGAAAACAAUCAAUUUCUCAAGAAAUGAGUAAUGAUUAUUCAAAAUUUGAAUAGCAUGACCAAAUUUUCAGUGGUUAUGCCACUGAUAACUAAGUCAAUGGUGUACUGAUUAUCUAAGAAUGUAUAUAGUAACCGUAGAAAUAAAGACAUUUUGCAAAUAGUGAUUUGAGUGUUCUUUUAUGGGUAUCACAGACUUAUUUUGGUGCCAUACUAUCCUUGGAGAGUAAGAAAUAUUGGAAAUUCGUAUUGAUAAUAUGUUGCAGCAAUGAAAAAGGACCUUUGAUAAGGGUAUUUUGUUUCAUAUGAGCACAAAAUGUAAAUUUUACUCCACUACAUAGUUUAUUCAAAAAUUAAAUAAAAAUACUUCCAUUUAUGUUACAUGCAUGAAAUGUCGGGUACAUGUAGAUCACAACCGGGUCUUUCAGUUACAUUCAUAACAUUUUUGACAUAUUUGAAAUUUGAACUGGUAAAUACAUUUAUGCACAAUUGCAACAUUUUUUUAUAUCAUAAUUUAUGCAAAUGUAUGCGAGUAAAUCGUUAACCAAGCUCGGGAUGAAAUUGAAAUUUGUAUUGUUGGAAAGUGGAAGACCUCCUCUUUCGAACGAUGCAAUUUCUGUUUCCAUACAAUGUAUAGUUUGAAAGAUAUAUGCAUUUAAAACAACACCAUUCAGAAUUGCUACUUUUCGACCGAAUGAGAAUGAGUUAAAGUCGUGUCUUAAAUAAGAAAUUUUGGACAAAAAUUCUAACUACACAUGCCCGAAACUUUAAACAACAUAAAAUUAAUAGCCUUGCAUACUAAAACAAAAACAACCGAAACAAUAUUAUAGCUAUAGCAAGUAAAUAAGAAUAAAGCCAUAGAGAACCAUUUAUGUGAUAACUCCGCUUAUAUGACGCGUCUUAUGUAAGUUGCGACUUAUUUUGUCCGUAUAAAUGGCCCUAUUGUUCAUGGCAUAUUGAUAUGUAUGUACAAAAUAAUGAGAUAAGUGAAAGAUAUAGAUUAAAAAAAGGAAAGUCAAGUGGUUUGUGUCAGUGUUAAAAGAUGUUAGUAAAUUAACACAAGGAAACACCUACUUAGAAGAGUGUUUAUGGAAAAGAUCGAACAUUAUUAUUAAGUCAUGGUUUAGUUUGAGCAAUUAGUAAGCUUUCCUUAAUAAGAAUAUCAUGGUUAGAAUUAGCUGAAGUAACAAUUUUAAAAUCACUCGGUUCAAUUGGGAUGACUGGCUUCUCUAGAAUGAUCCAAAAUACUAGAUUUUGAAACACACAAAAGAGGAUUACCAGUCAAAGCUGAAAUUCUGCAAUGCUUGGAGAUUUGCAUGUCUAAAUGUUGGCAUGUUUUCACAGGGGGUCCAACUAAGAGCUGUGCUAUGAAUAUGAAUAAAACAUAUUAAUUAAACGUAAUAUGAAUAAAACAUCAUAACGUAAUAUAUUUAAAUUAUUGCACUUACUUGUAUAAAUCAUAAGAGCUUGUAUUUGCAGUGAAUAGCUUCAAACAGGGCGCUUAUAUAUGCUCAGAAACAUUUGCUUCGAACGAUUGUUCAAAUAUGGCGAAUAAAUUGACAAAACGAAAAUAUUACAUGACGUUCCAACGAAAAUAACAGCAAGGAUUGCGGGCGUGCGAGCGAAAAGGCGAGGAAGAAAUAAAUAGAAGGGAUGAAACAAAUAUCACGUGACAUUUUAAAAUGCUUCUAGCCGAUCCGUUUAAGCUUUUUGUCGUAUUUUUAGUGCUCAGUAGAUGUUCUCUUACAUGAACAAACCUAGUCAUUACCAAAAAAAGCACUGAUCAAUCUAAUUUAUGUGAUUUAUAACAGCAAGCAUUCUUGGCCAUUUUCGCGAGAUAUGUUCCAUAAGUAGCCUGAUCUCGUGACGUAAUGACUAAAUAAUAAUCAAACUAAAUAAUGUAAAAAAAAAGUUGGUCGCUACAUUUAAAUAUUUCAUAUUAGCCGGUAUAGCUAAACAUUUUUUAUUUUCAUCAAUUAAGCGCGUAGGCGUUGUUGGAGUUGGCAGGAGGCGUUUUGGAAUUUUUCGAGAGACCAGGCUACUUAAGGUCCAGUUACACGUGCAAUUUUUUUCUCGCGCCAGCAACGCAACGGGUUAAAUUUCAUUGCGUUACUCACACAAGUCAUGAAAUUGCCCGUGUAACAUAUCUGGCGCAGUAAUGCAAUUGCAACCUGAUAUUCUUGGCAAUCGUUGCGGAAAGUUGAAAUGCUUGAACUUUCGGCAACGAUUGCCGAAAAUAUCGAAUUACCCAGGCAUUGUUUGAGCAGGAAACGCAUGCGCUAUUUUAAGAGAGCCAAUGAAAUUCGCUUCUGUAUGGACAGCGUGCUGUAGCGCUGCCAAAUAUCGAAGCAUUAAUUAAACAACACAUUUCUGCUGGCUUGAUUGAUUCACGCAUUAUUGUGUCUUUCUUGUAAAGCUUUUCAGAUAGAUUAUCAACUAUCUUUUUGAAAUGAUCAAAAUCCAUUCGCAUAAAUUUUUCAAAUUCUGGUGUGUCGUGGGCAGCCAGAUCGGGCCGUAGGUUCGAUUCCUACCAGAGGACCUUGUGCUGCAUUUUUCGCAGUCGUUUCUGGUUAGGUCUUAAAAUGUAUAUAUUCUCACUUGGAUUACAAACCCUAACAUCCUAAGAUCGGGAAGAAGCUGACCGAAAUAACCUUUGUUUUUUCUCUCUAGAAGCCAGUGCCGGCUCCAAAUACGUUUCUUUUCUUUAACCACCUCGUCAUCUUCUUGUCAGUGACAUUUGCAAAUUGCAAAACAGUAGUGCCUGUUUUUUUCAUGCAAAUAAUUGCGACGCGGCUAAACUAUCAUUGCUCGUGUCACCACUUCACUCGCGCGAGUAACGCAAUGAAAUUUAACCUGUUGCAAAGGCGUUGCGUUGCCGGCGCGAGAGAAAAAUCGCAUAUGUAACUGGACCUUUAUGAAACACAUCACACGAUCGCAUUACCGGUGUUUCAUCCCUUCUAUUAAUAUCUAUUACCCUCGCCUUCCACUCACACCCGCAAUCCCUGCUGUUAUUUUCGUUGGAACGUCAUGUAAUAUUUUUGUUUUGUCAAUUUAUUCGCCAUAUUUGAACAAUCGUUCGAAGCAAUGUUUCUGAGGAAUCUGAGCAUAUAUAAGUGCCCUGUUUGAAGCUAUUCACUGCAAAUACAAGCUCUUAUGAUUUAUACAAGUGCAAUAAUUUAAAUAUAUUACGUUAUGAUGUUUUAUUCAUAUUAUGUUUAAUUAAUAUGUUUUAUUCAUAUUCAUAAUACAGCUCUUAGUUGGACCCCCUGUGAUGUUUUGUCCAAAUACAAUGUGUUACAGCAUUGACACUCAAUUGAUACAUGAUAUGAGAUCUCAGAUUAAGAGGAAUACGGUUUUUGAAAUGGAAAAAAUUUGACGAACAGCAUAUUGGGUUCAAAAUCACACACAUAGUUGCACUUGAGGAAAACAAUUUGUGUAAUUGUUGACGGAUCUGAAUAGAUGAUUCCCUGACAAGGUGAAACAAUCGGAAUAAGUAAUUUUGGAGUAGUAACUUUUUGAAUUUUUCAAGUUCAGCAUGAAAAAUUUGAUAUGAGGAGCAGAUGUUGAAAUAACGAAACAAGGUAAACUGAAGUUUCAAUAUCAGGCGCGGGCCAGGCAUAUUUUUCAAGCUUGCCCGGUGUGGAUAUACACUCAGAGUAACAUGACACAAUUUGGAUUCUUGCACUUCACUUGGUGGAAUUAAUAUUAGAAUGUUAGGGUUAGUACCGGUAAUCCAAGUGAGAAUAUAUACAUUUUAAGACCUAACCAGGAACGACUGCGAAAAAUGCAGCACAAGGUCCUCUGAUAGGAAUCGCAGGGCCGUAGGUUCAUUUCCUAAUACAGGACCUUGUGCUGCAUUUUUUUGCAGUUGUUCCUGGUUAGGUCUUAAAAUGUAUAUAUUCUCACUUGGGAUUACUCACCCUAACAUUCUAAUAACAUCACACAAGCAUCUUAUUCACCAGAGUACAUUACACCAACACAGCAAAUAUUUUUAACAACUGGCCCCUGGAGGGUGAGUACCUCACAGGUGUUUGUUGUGGAUGAAUAUUGAUGUUGUUGUGGAUGAUGUCAUCCCGAUCCUAAUCCUGACAUUAAAACCUAAUCCCGAAGCUAAAACUGCAACAAAAUCCCAUGAGUUAAUCAGCUGUGAAUUUGAUGUCAUCAUGAUGUUACUCAAAUUACACAAAGACAUUGUAAUAUGGCUCAAUUUCCAUAUUAAUGAUUCCAAAAUUUUAUCUCCAGUCCCUACCUUAAAACCAACUCUAGUUCUAAUGGUUACCCUGACUAAUUCUAGUAAUUAUCCUUUCGGCACAAAGUUAUAUGGAACGUGACCCAUGAUUAUACAAGCAAAAGGAGGGAAAACAUUUGGGAAAAUAAAUGGUUCCUUGCUAUUUCUCAAAUGGCAAGGCAUAACAUUUGUUCUCCAGAUAAUUUGAGCGAAGUUUGCAAAGUAUAAUCACAUAAUUACUGUGUGGUGCAAAGAAGUUGACAUUAUGGUUAAAAGUUUCAAUUGAAUAUUUACAAAAUAAUAUAAAAUAACCAUUGAUACUUAAGAGGCUGUCUCCGUAAAAACCUCCAGGUCAGUAUGGGGCUCAAAAAUAGAUUUCUUUCAUACUCUAGUAUUUUGAAGAUCUAUCCUUGGGAACAACUAAAAUCGAUGUCAUUUUACUCAAAUUUCCUUUAAAUUAUUUUUGGGGGCGAUUGAUGUUCGAUCGACUGGUAACCAACUUGAUACUCCGAAUGAAGGCCAAUAUCGACAUAUUUUCAGCGCUAUUUUUUAAAUCAAAUUCAUACCUAAAUUUCAAAAUUUUUGCUCAGAAAUAUAGACUUAUCCUUCUAUUUUCGCUGGUGAUAUGACUUAGUUCAUUAUUCUUUGGUAUAAAAUAGAAAACAGCACAGUUAUUGACCCUCCUGAACGGAUAAAGGAUAUCGUCUCAAAAUAUGUCAAAUUCGAAAGCUUAUUUCAAAAUCGUGGCACUUGAUUGGCACAUGACUUUAACUUUUCUAUAAACUACUAACAUUUAUAGUCAACACAAAUCGCCAAUAAUAUCUUUCUGUUCUACCAUUUGACAAAAAUGACAAGCGCGCAAACUUUGUAAAAUUUGAAAAUGUGUCGAAAUCGAGCAUACUUUAUCGGUAAACAUAAUUCUUGAUAUUAACAAAUAAAACCACCUUACACUACACUGAAUGAAGCUUGAUUAUGUAAAUAUAUGUCUUUCAUCAUUAUUCUUUGGUUUUGCACUCGAAUGAAAUUGUUUGACUGUACAGUUUGGCUUCAAGGAUAGUCAUUCAAUGCCAGUGUGUCCAGUGUGUUCGAAUAGUUCUGCGCGCCUCAAUGCCAUGAGUCCUGAUUGUGACAUACGAACUUCGCUCUAUUCGCUUUGUUUACCUCCUGUAAAUAAAAUGUCUCAAAGAAAUUAGAAAAUUCAGAAUUAGUCAUACUACAGACAUAAUUUUCAUUGGUUUGUUUACCUUAAACUGUUAUAUAAAGUUUCGUUUUAUAUUAUAGAAUGUACGAAUUAAUCUCGGGGAAAACUCCUACUGAACCGAAAGAAAUGUACUCGCUGAGCGUAAACAUGUCAAUCAAAUGACGAUGAAAUGUUUCGUUGCUCUCUGAUUUCCCUUUCUUUGUAUUGAAUUAAAUAGUAGUCUUAGACAGUAUUGCACGAGGUUUUUGUGUUUACAAUAAUGCUGUUCUACUUCUACUACAGCCGCAACUUGUGAUCACGCAACGUUAGGUAAACCUAAACGAUUUCGACAGACAGUAGAUUUUAUGUUGACAGAUGAGAAUGACGGUAAGCAAUAAUGUAGAAAUGUUCCUUUUCUACUUCUGAGUGUGGAAACUUCCGAGACACAGUAGACUGUUCUUCGAAGUUGCUGGCGUGUAAGAAUGACAUUAGUUAUCACUUGCAAAUUUGUCACCCUUUAAAGCUUGUCGGAAAGAAGAAUAUAAAUUAAUUCUAAUUUUCAGAACCUUUCUAAUUGUUAAGCCUGGUUCACAUAAAAUCGUUAAGCAGUCGCAGACAGUCGCAGACUGUCGCAGACAUGUGCCGAAUUUUUAUAUGAACGAUCUGCGACGGAUCGGGAAAGUUGAACCAAGUUCAACUUUCCCGAUCCGGUCUCAGACAGUCUGCGCGAAUCUGCAUUUGUGUUCAUAUAAAAAUUCGGCACAUGUCUGCGACUGCUUAACGAUUUUAUGUGAACCAGGCUUUACUGAAAAAAGGAAUAACAUUGAUUAAAUAACUGAGACGUUCAAAUGGGUUACAGCUGUUUGCGCUGAAUUGUUUUGUAUUAUAUCAAAAUAUUCGCAUAUUUUUAUACAAUAAGAAAUAAUAUAAAUUCUUGAAGCAUAGCCUUGAGCAAAGUGACCCAGGGUCGGCCUGAAAAAGUUGAUUUUUUAUACAGAACCGUGACUUACUUGAAUUCUAGUUUCAUUGAUAAUUGUUUCUAAACCUAGAGACAAUUCAGUUGCUAGAAAACUAUACUGAGCGAAACUAACGAAAUAUUGACAUUUGACAUCACAGCGAGUAUACAUUUCUGAUUUCUUUCGGCCAGGGCCCGGGGUUUUCCCCGAGAUUUAAUUCGUACAUUCUAACGAAACUUUUAUAAAACAGUUUAAAAACGAUGAAAAUUCUGUCUGUAGUAUGACUAAUUCUGAGUUUUCCAAUUUCAUUGAACAUUGUUAUUUGUUAAACAGGUAAAGGUAUUUGUUAAGGAGGUAAACAAAGCGAACAGAGCGAAGAUUGUAUAGUAUGUCACAAUCAGGACUCGUGGCAUUCAGGCGCGCAGAAGACACUGGACACACUGGCAUUGAAUGACUCUAUCCGUGAAGCCAAACUGUACUCAAACAAUUUGAUUCAAGCGCCAAACCAAAGAGUAAUGAUGAAAGACAUAUAUUUACAUAAUCAAGCAUUCAGUGUAGUGUAAGGUGAUUUUAUCUGUUAAUAUCAAGAAUUAUGUUUACCGAAAAAGUAUGCUCGAUUUCGACACAUUUUCAAAUUUUACAAAGUUUGCGCGCUUGUCAUUUUUGUCAAAUGGUAGAACAGAAAGAUAUUAUUGGCGACUUGUGUUGACUAAUGUUAGUAGUUUAUAGAAAAGUUAAAGUCAUGUGCCAAUCAAGUGCCACGAUUUUGAAAUAAGCUUUCGAAGUUGGCAUAUUUUGAGACGAUAUCCUUUAUCCGUUCAGGAGGGUCAAUAACUGCGCUGUUUUCUAUUGUAUACCAAAGAAUAAUGAUCUAAGUCAUAUCACCCGCGAAAAUAGAAGAAUAAGUCUAUAUUUCUGAGCAAAAAUUUUGAAAUUUAGGUAUGAAUUUGAUUUAAAAAAUAGCGCUGAAAAUAUGUCGAUAUUUGGCCUUCAUUCGGAGUAUCAAGUUGGUACCAGUCGAUCGAACAUCAAUCGCCCCCAAAAAUAAUUUAAAGGAAAUUUGAGUAAAAUGACAUCGAUUUUAGUUGUUCCCAAGGAUAGAUCUUCAAAAUACUAGAGUAUGAGAGAAAUCUAUUCUUGAGCCCCAUAUUGACCUGGAGGUUUUUACGGAGACAGCCUCUUAAGAUAGUGUGUAAUUGCAUGCAAAUUACAUAUAUGUUAGACAAAGCAACAUUUCUAAAGGUUUUAUGAUUUCCAAAGGUCUAUUUUUUUCUGAUCCACCCUGGUACAUCAAGAAAUUAAGUAGUGUUUGCUUUGGACAAAUUUUCAUCAGCUUUUAUUAGGACUGAAAGUUGAUAAAUCCUAUAUGUGUCUGACUAAGUUAUCAAUUCAAUGUUAUUUUUUCCCUAACUCAUAAAAAGGUUAAAGUACAAUUCAGUAAUAGUAAUUCCAUUUGUAGGUGCCCUUGUGUCCCAGUGUCUCAAUAACAAAGAGUCAACAGAAGGUUUUGAAAGGAAAAGGCAAUUUAAAAGAUUUUGUGUACUCAAUUAUGGGUAUGUUGUGGAGCCGGGAAGUUCUGUCCACACACUCCAUCACAGGAAAGAUCUCCAAUGCAAUCAAGGAGAAGGAUGCCAAGCCGCAACUAGACCAGGAAAAAGUCGAGGGCAUAUGUGGUAAGUUGAUGACUUUCUUUAGUUAG